AUGGCGGCGCACAAGGCACCCCGGACCGCGCUGCUGAUGCUGGCUUUCUGCGACCGCAACUUGGAGGGCACGCAGAAGAGCCCGAUGGAGUUCGAGAUCCCUGCGGGGCACCAAGGAUUACCCGCUGGCCUGCUCCUGGCCACCUCGGGAUUACCCGCUGGCCUGCUCCUGGCCACCUCGGCCGCCCUCGGCUCCAGCGGCGCGCCGCCGCCCUGCGCUGCGCCCGCGGGCGGGCGCCUGCGCGGGCGCCUGCGCGAUCGCGGCGGCCAGCCCGGCGCGCCGGGCGCUGCGCCGUACCGCGCGGCGCGGGGAGCCCUCGGCAGCGGCGCGGCGGGAGCCGAGCAAGCGUCCAGGUGCGUGCGCGCGUUGCGCGACGCAUCCCCCGACGCCGCCACGCCGGGCCUCUCUCCGGAAGAGGGCCCGUGCCUUCUGAGAGUUAGGACGCCGACCGACGUCGACCGUGGCAUCUCCGCGUCCUGGAAAGGGGCGCCGCGGCAGCGGCGCCUGCGGAGCGGGGGGCCGGGCCUCCGCGCGUGCCGAGCCCCGGCGGCGCGUGCGCGGAUGGCCGCCGAGGGGCAGCCGACGAGGCCGCCGACCAACAUCGAGGACUUCCUGUGGAACCUCCACUCGGUGCUGGUGGCGACGCCGGCUCCCCUGGCCCUGGACUCGCUGAAGGACGCGUACUCGAAGCACCUGGGGCACAAGUUCAUCAUCGAGCGCUUCCUCGUCGUGGGCGACGGUGGCCUCGCCGCGACGCUGAAGAGGAUCCCGCACAUGGUGACCCUCUUCACCAGCGAGGCCGGGGUGCUGUGCGUGCGGGCCACGCAGGCGGCCGACACCACCCGGCAGAAGCUGCUCGAGGCCGACUCGGCCUACCGGCGCGAGCUGAUUAAGAAAAACGCGGCGGCGAAGGCCAAGGCCGGGGCGGCCAAGGCGGGCCUCGCCGCCCCCAAGGCGGCCGCGCCCGCGGCGGCCCCGCCGGCGGCGGCGGAGCAGGCGCCCAAGGCGGCGGCGCCACCGGCCGCCGCCGUAGGGGACAAGCGGCAGCCGGACGGGGGCGACCCCGAGGCGAAGAAGCAGAGGACGGGCUCCGACGAGGAGACGCUGGCGAAGAUGCUCGUGCAGGGGGUCGUCCGCGUGCUGCAGAACCGGGUGAAGACCGGCAAGGGCCCGCUGCCGCUCAGCCAGCUGGAGGAUGAGUUCAAGCAGCAGUGGAAGCUGCCCUUCAACCCCCAGCAGGCGGGAGAGAGGGACGCGGUGAGCUUCCUGCAGAAGUGGCCCAACAAAGUGGAGGUGUUCCACGACGGGACGCAGCAGAUCGUCCAGCUCGCCAAGAACAAGCCCAAGGCCAGCGGGACGCCAGAGGACGUGGCCGCGAACAAGGCUGGCGACGGCGCGACCGCCAAGGGUGGCGCCGCAGCGGCGCCGGCGGCGGUGAAGGCGCCUGCCGCCAAGGGCCCGCCGCCCGCCAAGGGCGCGCCGCCCGCGCAGGCGGCGGCGACCAACGGGCCGACUCGCCCUCCGGCCUCGGUCGAGGACUUCCUGUGGAACGUCCACACCGUUAUAGAUGCGCACGGGGGGCCCAUGCCCGUCGACCAGCUCAAGGACGCCUACUCGAGCAGGCUGGGCCACAAGUGCGCGAUCGAGCGUUUCCUGGUCGUGGGCGAGGGUGGCCUCGCGGCCACCCUCAAGAGAAUACCGCACGUGGUGACCUUGGACCAGGUCGACGGGACCGCCGUGCUGAAGGCGACUCUGCCCUCGGGCACGACGAAGGAGGAUCUUAUC